AUGUCUACGGCAGCAGGUGUUGGCAGCUGUAAACUAUUCGAUGGCGCAACCAUAAUCACCGUCAAUGAACGGCGCGAGGUGAUUCGCGAGGGCUACAUCAGAAUCGAUAGCGAUCGGAUUACAGCGGUCGGAAAGAGUCCAUAUCCAGGAGAGCUGCCCGCAGGUGCAGAGAGAAUCGAUUGCGACGGGAAGAUCAUCAUCCCGGGCUUGAUCAACACGCAUGCCCAUCUAGUUCAAUCUCUUCUCCGAGGGCUGGCAGAGGACCUGCCGCUGCAUAACUGGCUGUGUGACGCGAUCUGGCCGCUUGAAGCUUCCUUUCAGAGAGACGAUGGCGUUCGAGCUGCACGCCUAACCAUGGCCGAGAUGCUGAAGACUGGAACAACAUGUUUCCUUGACCCAAUGUUGACAUACCGUGCUGGAUUCGAUGCGAUCUGCGAGGUGGCUGGCGAAAUGGGAAUUAGAGGGUGUUUGGGGAAACUGGUCAAAUUCACGGAAACGAAUCGACAGUUGUCAAUCACCGACCCGAGAGACCGAGAUCUGCUGGCAAUGUCCAUCCCGGAACUUCUCAAAGCACACCAGACACACCAUGAUAGCCACGAGGGUCGACUUCAGGUAUGGGCUGCGGCGGGUACACCGCGUGGAACAGCCAUCUCCCAUUAUCUGGAGCUGGGAGAGAUUUGUGCCAGACACGGGAUAUCAGCGACAAUGCAUUGUGCCGAAGCCCCUCGAGAUCGAGAGAUAUACCGAGACACGUAUCAGUGCAGCGCGAUGGAGUUCAUUCGAGACGCAAAGCUUUGCGGACAAAAGACCGCGUCAGGCCAAGGCUCUGAUCAGCUUUCCCACCGACUGGUGUUAGCACACAUGGUCAAUCUGGAUGAGGACGUCGAUAUCCCGUUACUGGCCAGUACUCGGACUUCGGUCGCGCACAACCCGAGUUCCAAUCUCAAACUGGCAUCUGGCGUGGCCCCAGUUCCGUCCAUGCUUUCAGCACCGUCACCCGUGAAUGUAUCUCUCGGCACUGACGGCGCACCUUGCUCCAACCAUUACGACAUGUUCCAAGAGAUGCGCCUGGCCGCGAUCCUUCACAAAGGCAUUCACCAUGAUGCGAGACUCAUCCCUGCUGAGGUCGCUUUAGAGAUGGCGACCAUCAACGGUGCGAAGGCCUUAGGCCUUGAGCAUGAGAUAGGGAGUCUGGAAGAAGGAAAAAAGGCCGACUUUGUGGUGGUAGAUCCGUAUGGAGCUGGUGGGCUUGGGGCCGUGCCGUGGAGCAGCCGAUCCUCGAGCAGUGCGGUUAGCCCCGUCACCACGGUUGUUCAUGGCUGUACCGGUCGCGAUGUGGAUAUGACGGUGGUGAAUGGGGUGAUCCUGGUUAGAGAGGGCAGGUUGGUACGCGGAGGCCGGUCGGAAGAGUUGAACAUUAUUCGCAUGGCGCAGGAGGCUGUUGAAGGUCUCCUCCAGCGAUGCAACCAAGAACGUGAACAGGGACAAGAGAUUGGCGGAAAGCUCAUGGCACCGUGGAAUUAUAUCUAG